CACGUGAACGAAGAUUUCCCAUCACGAGACAGACUUCAACUUCACGUUCUUUUGGCUUGAGAUUAACUUAUAAAUCUCAAGUGAAAGAAUCAGAGGAAUCGAAUUCAAAGAGACUGAAGAGUAAUAUGGAGAACAGAGGCAAAUCCAGAGUUUGCAAAGGAUCACACAAACCACUUGGCCUGAUUGGGGUGAAGAAACUUGUCCCAUCAUGCAAGAAGAAGAAAAAUAUGCAUAGUUCAAUUCAUCUAGAAUCUUCAGGGGAUUCUAGAGAAGCAAAACCACACCCAGGUCCAAUCAAGAGGCGUCUACGAUCAUCAACCUCUCUGGUUUCUACCCCUAGGUCCAAAGUUCGUGGAAAAAAUGACCGUACAAGAGAAGUGACACCCUCUAGAUCACCAAGUUCUGCCAGCAUGAAGACUCCUUGGGUGGUAUCUGAGAGUCCACAUGGCCUUGUCAUAGUAGAAACAAAGCAGUCUCCAGCACAUUCCAAGAAGAUGCCGGCCUGUGAAUUGACUGAAGCAUUUUGUUCUUGUACAGAUGAGAUGAGUUGUGCUGAUUCAACAAGUGCUGGAAGAAAGAAAAAGACAAAGGUUCGCCUGACCAAACGAAUGGAUGAUUGUUGCCUUGAGAGCAAAGAUCUUAGCAAAAAUGGGCAAGCAAAAUCAAAGUCCACCAGAAGAAAGGUCUCCAAGCAAAGGAAGAUUGGCAGUAAUGGGGAUCUGCGUGCGAAAUGCUCUACAUGUCAGAGAUCUAACAAUAAGAUUGGAGAAAAUAUGCCCAUGCAGAAACCUUUGAGAACUGAUGAUCAUCCAAACUAUUUCCUUAAAGACUCAGAGAAUUUGGAAAUUACUUGUGAAGUGAUAAGUCAUACAUCCGAAGAAAAUUUCAAGGAGGAAGAUGACAGAGAAAUUGUCCGGCAGCUUAUCCACCAGAGGAUUGAUGAGACUUUAAUAACUCAAAAUGACCCAAAGAAUGAUACAUCUUCCAUGAAACCCUCUGUGGAUGUAGUUAUGUCAACAGAUAAUUCUCUAGCAAAGCUUCAACUGAUGGAAAAUGACACUAAAACAAAGUCUCAGUGUGAAAUAGAAUCAACCACUGUGACAAAUACUGCAGCUGCUGAGGCAGCAAAAGCAGUUGGUGGGAUAUCACUGGUGCCUCUCCUCAAAUCCAAACACCCAGUGUCUUCACCAUGCACACUAACAAUGACAGUCAUGAAGGCAUCAUCGGGUCAGAUUAUUUCAUCGACAACCAUGCCAUCUGAAUCCAACUUGAAAGCUUCAAAGACAAAAAUGUCAGAUGACCUGAGGACACCCCAAAUAGCUUCAAGUAUUUCAGCUCCAUCUGUCGCAAGUGUUCCUCAAAAAGUGGCUCAGUGUAAAUAUGUUGCCAGCACAUCAACAGUUCCAACACCUUCCACAAUUAAAGCAGGCAAUGUCAUAACCACAGGACAACCGAUUCUUCUUUCUUCAGAGGCAUUUCAGAUCCAACCUGUAUCAUACCCUGGCUAUAAGCUACUUGACAUCAGCUCAUCGGUACCUGUCACCAAGGAGCCAAAGCCAAAAAGAAAGCGAAACUCUGGUAAAAAGAAGUCUCUUGACAAGAAAGCCCAGUCAUUGCAUUCAGGAAACGAUUCUCAGUCACUUACAGUGGUGUCCAUCUCCACCAUUUCAUCUCCAACCAUCAGUGAAUCUUCAGCAGAUCACCCGGAUACUGACCAUACAAGAUCUGAUGUCAAGGACUCAUCGCUUGAUGAGAAGGGAGAGAAGAUCAAACGACCAAUGAAUGCUUUCAUGAUAUGGUCUCGCCAGCAGCGUGCGAUCCUUGCUCGUCAAAAGCCUAGGAUGACGAAUGCUGAGAUAAGUGUCAAGCUGGGUAUCAUGUGGAAUGAUCUUGACUACAACAUCAAACAGGAGUACUUUGAUGAAGCAAUCCAGCUGAAACUGCAACACCGAAAAGAUCAUCCAGAUUGGGUAUACCAGCCGAGGCCUCACAAACGUCCAAGUCGUAGAAAACAUCUUGCUGUCCCCAUGUUUGGAGGUGAAAACCAGUCGAUGCCUUACAAUCAGAUGGUACUGAUUAUGGCUGAUGGGCAGGAGGUACUAUGCCCAGCUAUACCUGUUCAGACUAGCCAAAGGCAUGGAUCCAUGAUGACCAUGAAAGGACCAGCCAAAAACAUCAAAGAUGUAAAGACAAAUACUAAAUCAAAGGAACAAGUUCCAAAAGCUGUGACAAUAACUACUGAUAGCAAUGUGACUCCUAAGCCCACAGUGGAAGUUGUAGAGAAAAGAAAGAAUGCAGCUGAGACAAAAAAGCAGACAAAAUCUAAGAUGCCUGCAGUUGUACACAAUGAAGAGCAGGCAAUAUGCCAAUCAAAUCCCCAAGAAGGCAGCCAAGGAACUACAACUCAAACAUCUGAUAUCACAGGUGUUGUCACUUCUGGACCCCAAUUAGAUGUCAGAAAUAUACAGAAUAGUAACCAGAACAACAAUCAACCAAAGCCACAGCUACUGUUAGUCCUACCUGACGGGAGGCAUGUCCUUUGUCCGCAAGCAUCAAACUCACCAGCAGUAGAUGCCAAAGUUAUGAACAAGACUCUUGGUUUAUCCAGUGACCAUUCAAUAGCUUCUGAGGAGAAAAUGCUUAUAAGAGUGAAGUCAGAGAAGGGUGGAGAGAGGAAAACUAUCAUUCCACUCAAGUCGCUACCAGGUUUAGCUAAUGCAACCAAUCUUGGUCCGGUACACAAGGAUACAGCAGACCCAAUCAGCAAGGCAGUGUUGCCACCGGUCAGCAUCCCAGAAGAACAUGUGAGUUCAGAAGAUGAUCAGAAGACAACAGAGACAGUGAAUAUGGCCACCUCCACAAGGAUGUCAGUUCCAACUAUAAAGUCAGAAACACCAGACAGUGAUCAUGCAGAAUUUAUGAAAACACCAAUCUAUGCUCAGACAGCCCAUUGUGGUACUCCUUGUGCAGUAGGAAAAGUAGAGUUUUCAAAGGAAGGAGUUAAUCAGUCCGUUGCUAAAUUACCUAACCAAAUGGGGCUCCAGUUGUCAAACCUGAAUCAGCAGAGUCCUCUGAUGGAGAUGAAUUCACUGCAGAUGCAACCAACCAACUAUCAAAUGCCAAUUCAUCAUGUUGUCAAUUCCUCAUGGGGGAUCAUGGAUUCCUCAAGGCUACUCCCUGAUGUCCAGCUGGCUCAAAUUGGUUUUCAGCAAUCAGUAUCCAAUCAAAUACCUAUGCAGCAUGUCAAUGGUACCAUGAUUGGGACCAGAUCACAGCCUGAUGUUACAUUGGUGCCAUUCAACCUUCAGGGUUCUGUCAAUCAAGUGCCUAUUCAGCAACUUGGCAAUUCUUUCAAGGUGACUACAGAUCCAUCAAGACCUCAUUCCAAUAAUCCAUUGAUUCCACAAGACCUUCAGGAGCCUGUUGCAAGUCAACAACCAGUUUGCAAGAAUACUGCUGUCCAGACAUUACAAGACUGGAGCUACAAUGUUCCCACUACCCAGUCACAUACGUCUCAGUUUCCAAGUUCUGUCCUGAAGACUCAACCAAUUGACAUGGUAUGGCACCCAGACACCAGGAUUCUUCAGCCUGCUAAUAUGUCAAACAAAGGUACGUCCACUUCGUCCCUUUCCCAUCCGUUUUACUUCACGCCUAUCCCACAAGACCAGGGUGGUCAAGACACCUCUCCUCUUCCACCAAUCUGUCCAAAAUCUCUGCCUGCAACAACGGACAGUUGCACAGUCCCUUCAGUGACAGGAAACAUGAAAAAUAGUGAUCCUUCUGGUGUUGCCAUACCUGCUCCACAGUUUUCAGACACUCCUGCCCUUUGCGAGAUCAAUGAGUCCGAUCGUCUCCUGGAGAGUCUGGCCAUGAGUGGUGUGGGGAUCAGUGAAGACGAAGCGGAAGAAACAGAAAACUUGUUUCAGCGAGUAAUGAGCAUGGUUUCGAACAACUAACAUCAUAAACUGGACAUGGUGGCUCAGUGGUAGAGCGUCCACCUAAUGAACGGGAGGUCAUGGGUUUGAUCCCUGGCAGAGUCAUACCAAAAACUUUUUUAAAUGGGACCUUCUGCCUUCUCGUCAGGUGCUCUAUGUUUUUAAUGGAGAAGGGUAGUAAUAAUAUUAUGUUAUGCAGGGCCCGGUGGGAGAAGAGUUCAUUAGAGCUGAAGUGGCUACCUUGGGUAAAUAAGAAAAAUUAUUAUUUAAUAUAAGUUCAGUAGUUCAUUGCUUUAUAUAGUCAGUGAUGCCAGAAAUUUCUGGUCAAGCAGGGCUUUGUUCAGAAUGCUGCAGCACUCUCAAUACAAUACAAAAGAUUUAUCUAGGCCUUCCCACUUUACGCAUUCCGUGUCUGGAAUGAUUUCUGUUAAUGGAGAGUCAUUGUUUUGUUGUCAGGAAAGAACAGGCUCAAUAGAAAAAAUAACGUUCCUACUAAAAAUACCAAGAUUCACUGUGAAAGGUAUCGUACACUGACUCAGUAGUAAAUUCAUAAUAGGCAGGUAGUAGCAUAGAAAACUAGGAGAGUAAAAGGAAGUGAAUCUGCACAAGAAUUAUUGACCUUAAUAGGGUUAUUUCAAAUCCACACACUGCAUACCACUGCAUACAUCAAUAAUGCAAGGGCCAAAACAAGCCAGAGACCAUGCACUGUCCUUAUUCCCUUUAGAUGAUGAUUAAUUUUGCCGAUCAUACAUGUAAGGUGCAAUACAUACUGUACUUGAAUUAUAAGCAUACAUGUACUUCAGAACAAUUGGUCCAAUCACAUGAUAAAGGGUAGUUUUGACUAUUAAUCGUCACAGUGCUGGAACUAUUUGUGUUUCGCUGAUCACUUCAGCUCAUCUGGUCAUUAUGCAUUAUAAUUUUGAAUACAUACGAAAAGAGGUAAUUGCCAAUUAAUUUUUUGCUCCAUUCUUCUCUAUCACAUGCAGUGAGGAUCGCACAAGACCUAGAUGUGCGCAAGCAGUCAACAUGCGCGCUACUAAUAAAACUUUACGCAAAACGAUAGUGCAAUGCCCCUCAAUUGUUUUGUUGUUAGGGUAAACUUCCUUUGUGAGCUCACAAUAAUCUUGCUGGAGCAUGCGUGUAGUCAAAAACACAUGUGCCAGUAAAAAAACAUGGAUUUGUUAAUUUUUUAGGAAACAUUUUUUUUUAAAUAAAAAUUCCUUAUUGUAGAGAAGCAGAAAUAUUUUUUUUCUAAGUGGUUCAGAUGUGGAAAAUGAAUCAUAUAAUCACCACUUGAUUUCAGGUGAAGAGGCAAACUCUGCAAGCUGGAUGUAUAGCUACAUCCAGCUUGCCUCAGAAAUGACAGAUUACCCAACACCUUCACCAAGGGUGAUUACUAACGGGUGAAAGGAAUACCCAAUUACUAGGUUCCCAAGAAAAAGAUAUACAUAAUAUUAAACAAGCCUAUUGGGAACAUUUCUGACCAAUUUGCUUCUUGUGCUAAUUACAGGUUAGUAGUUGCAGUUGGCCCGCAAAAGUUUUGCUACUGGUCAACUAGGAAAGGGUUGCCAAAUAUUGUGAUGAAUACUGGGUGAUCUUGGCUUCUGCCAUGAUAAUUCGUGCAAAUUCUUGCCAUACUUUUAAUCACCCACUUGACAUGUUUAUAUGAUUUGAUCCUUUCAGAAGAUAUUCUUUGAAAGUUGUAAAGGUUGCGUGCCUUGUUGACCUACGGCAAUCAGUUUGUCAGGUCAGGGAGAUGUUAUUACUACUUUAAUUCUUAAUAAAAUGGGAUAUUUGUAAAUAUUUAUAAGUUAAAAGUUUUUUAACAUAUUUAUUUAUGAAUACAUUGUGAUGUUCCCUUUUAUUAUAAAAUAUUAUAGUUGUUUGUUAACAUGGUUGUACAUAAUUGUUUCUGAAAAAAAAAAUUGUUUUUGGAUAUGCCAAUGUCUUAAAACAAAUAGAAUACAAAUUCAUUAUUCCCCGAUUUCUGUCAGCCAGGAAGCUCUUAAAAGUUUAUAACGUAAGAUGGACAGCUGGGGCCCGUUUCAUAAAGGACUUACAACUGUUGUAACUUUGCCAUUAUGGCAACUACCAUGGUAACAGGGCUCAUCAGCCAAUCAGAAUCAAGGUUACCAUGGUAGUUGCCAUAAUGGCAAAAUUACAACAGUUGCAGGUCCUUUAUGAAACGGGCCCAUGCAAUCCAACUCCAAGCUGUGGUCAUCAGCCUGUUGUGGUGGUUGCUGUGUGUUAUCACCUCUUAUCAGCUGUCAGUCCACCCCUCCAGUUUAAACAAGAGAAAUGAAAACUCUCCCAAAAACUGAAAGUGGGGUGGUAAAUACCCCACUUGAACUACCAUUGACAUAAAACGCAAGGCGAUGGGGUUCCUGUGUUAUAAGCUGGUGGGGUAUUUUUUAAACAGAGGAAACAUGUAAUAUGCAUUUCUAUAUCAUUGAAUGUAAAUUUUGGUUUGGGUUUUUGACUUUUCUAUUUUGAAUGUGUUUUAUGUUAUGACAACAAAUUUGCAAUUUGUGAAUUGACAAUAUAAAUCUGAA